GAUGCUGCAGGCAAGGUGCUGGACCGCUGGGCCAUCAUGUCCAGGGAAGAAGAGAUCAUUACCCUUCAACAGUUCCUGAGAUUUGGAGAAACCAAAUCCAUCGUGGAGCUGAUGGCAAUUCAAGAAAAAGAAGGGCAGGCUGUGGCUGUGCCGUCUUCAAAGACAGAUUCAGAUAUAAGGACUUUUAUUGAAAGCAAUAAUCGCACCAGGAGCCCAAGUCUCCUUGCUCACCUGGAGAAUAGCAACCCUUCCAGCAUUCAUCAUUUUGAAAACAUCCCAAAUAGCCUUGCAUUCCUGCUUCCAUUCCAGUACAUAAAUCCAGUCUCUGCUCCGCUGCUGGGGCUGCCUCCAAACGGCCUCCUGCUGGAACAGCCAGCAAUGAGGCUCCGUGAACCAAGCCUUACGACCCAAAAUGAAUAUAAUGAAAGCAGUGAAUCUGAAGUUUCCCCUACACCUUUCAAGAAUGAGCAAACAUCCAGCAAAAAAAGGAAUGCUUUGACCAGCAUCACGAAUGUUGAGCCCAAAACUGAGCCAGCCUGUGUCUCUCCCGUUCAGACGCCUACACCUGUCAAUGAUUUAUCAAAAACAGAACACACUAAGAGCUCAUUCCGCAUUCACAGAAUGAGGAGAAUGGGGUCAGCCUCCAGGAAAGGAAGAGUGUUUUGCAAUGCAUGUGGCAAAACUUUCUAUGACAAAGGUACUCUUAAAAUCCACUACAAUGCCGUUCACCUGAAAAUCAAGCACCGGUGCACUAUUGAGGGCUGCAACAUGGUCUUCAGCUCUCUCAGAAGCCGCAACCGCCACAGUGCUAACCCAAAUCCCCGCCUCCACAUGCCUAUGCUAAGGAAUAACCGCGACAAAGAUCUAAUUCGUGCUACAUCAGGUGCUGCUACUCCAGUCAUAGCCAGUACAAAAUCCAACCUAACUUUAACAAGUCCUGGGCGUCCACCGAUGGGGUUUACCACUCCCCCUCUAGAUCCUGUACUACAGAACCCUCUUUCCAGUCAGCUGGUGUUUCCAGCUUUAAAGACUGUCCAACCUGUUCCUCCUUUUUACAGAAAUUUACUUACUCCUGGUGAGAUGGUGAGUCCUCCAACCUCACUCCCUACCAGUCCAAUAAUACCAGCAGUGAGUGGCAUGGAGCAGCAUCCUCCUCCUCCUUCAGAGUCAUCAGUACCUUCAGUGCUGAUGCCCACCCCAGAGCCUAAUGCUGAUCUUGCCCCCAAGAAGAAGCCAAGGAAGUCAAGCAUGCCAGUUAAAAUUGAAAAGGAAGUUAUAGAUACUGCCGAUGAGUUUGAUGAUGAAGAUGAAGAGGUGAAUGACAGCAGCACAAUGGUGAAUGACAUUGGUCAUGACAAUCACUGCCAUUCUCAGGAGGAAAUGAGUCCUGGCCUGUCUGUGAAAGACUUUUCCAAAAGUGACAGAAGCAGAUGCAUUUCCAGACCAGACAUAAUAAGGGCAGACAGCAUGACAUCAGAAGACCAGGAGCAUGAGAGAGACUAUGAAAAUGAGUCAGAGUCAUCAGAGCCCAAACUGUGUGAGGAAUCCAUGGAAGGUGAUGAUCGCCUCCACGAACCUGGUGAAAAAUCUAUGAUGCACAGUGACAGACCAGAUGAAAACCACAAUGACUCUUCCAACCAUGAUGUCAUUAAGGUGAAGGAAGAGUACACAGACCCUACAUAUGAUAUGUUCUACAUGAGCCAAUAUGGACUGUACAAUGGAGGCAGUGCCAGUAUGGCUGCCCUUCAUGAAAGUUUUGCUUCUACAUUCAGCUACAGCAGCCCUCAGAAGUUCUCCCCAGAAGGUGAAAUGUGUUCCAGCCCAGACCCCAAGAUCUGCUAUGUGUGCAAGAAAAGUUUCAAGAGUUCCUACAGUGUGAAGCUUCACUACAGAAAUGUUCAUUUAAAAGAGAUGCAUGUCUGCACAGUGGCUGGCUGUAAUGCUGCGUUCCCAUCACGAAGAAGCAGAGACAGGUCAGUAAAUAUUAAUUGA